CUGAAGGAAAGAGGGAGAGAAGGUAGUCGACUCAAAAAGAAGGAGACCAGACGACCACCAGACCAUGUCUGUGCACCCCAGGGUCGUCCACAAGAGGAGGGGAACCAUCACGGCGCUGCCGCUCUACUACUCUGGACAUCUGCUGAAGAAAAACUCCAAAGAGAAGGAUUUCAAGAAAUACUACGGAGAGCUUCGUGGAACCACGCUGUUCCUGUACAAAGAUGACACACAGGACACAUACACAGAGAAGCUGGACCUGGAGCAGCUGAAGUCCAUGGAGCUGGAUCCCCCCUUCCAGAAGAAGGCGCCGCCCAUCAUCACGCUGGCCCUGAACACAGGGGAGGUGCAGUUAAAGAUAGAGAAUGCCGACAAAGGAGAAGAGUGGAGGGGCUUCAUCCUGACUGUGGUCAAAAAGCAGAUUCCCACCAAGCUGCAGCUGCUGCCUGGCCAGAUGCUGCAGCUGCAGGAGACACUGACUCUGGAGAAGAGGAGAACGGCCCCGGCGCCGCACCCGCCCCUCCCGCCGCGGCCGCGUUUCCUACGGGACUCGAACGCGUCACCACUCAACGAGCCCAACGUGCCCCAGUGUUUCUUCAACGUCACGCGGCAGGAGGCUGAGCAGAUGCUGGAGUCGAACCCCGAGCACGGAAGCAUCAUCAUCCGCCCGUCCACCCUGCCCAACAACUAUGCCCUGACCCUCAGGCAACAGAUGCCCAGUGGGUCUGUCAUGAAAAACUACAGAGUGACCGACACAAACUCAGGGUUUGUCAUUGAACUGGACAAGGCUGUCACAGUCUCCUCCUUGAAUGAGGUGCUUCAGUACUUCCUUGAGAAGACAGAAUACCGGCUCCAACCCUACACAGGGUCUCAGCACUACGACACGCUCAUCGAGGUGUCGCCUCCUCCAAAGUGUGUGAGCGUCCCCUCGUCGACCCCUAAAACGACACCCAGGGUUAACGUGGCGCCUGCGCUGCAGUCGCUGAACAAGCAGGAGCCGUCUCCUGCAGCCGAGUCAGAGGAGGGGGAAUACAUGGUUCCCGAUCACGACGGGACAGAUAAUCACGGUCUAAAUCACAGUCAUUUCGAUGGGGAGCUUCGGCAAGUGUUGAAACUACGGAGGGAAAACACGUACACAGCAACUGAUGAAGACAAAGUCUGAGGAAGCCACUCAUGCACAGCGGAGUUGGGGACUGUGAAUCCGAUAAGGAGUCUGGGGGUCGAUAAGGAUGGACGCACGCACGCAUGCAUGCACACAUUUUCCAUUGGACAUGGGCUGUUCAACUGUGUGAAUUAAACAUUUUAAUUCACAUCAAAUGGAUGAAAAAUGUAAACUGCUAAACACAUUCUGUAUGUUAGCUUCUGCAUUAAAAUGACAACAGACAGGAUGAUAGUCCUUUAUUUUUCACACUUAGAAGUAAGCCAACAUAAUAGUUUCUAAUAUUAUAAUCAGAUUUUUUUUUAUAAGUUACCCAUUAAGAUCUCUUUUCUUAUUUUUCAUCAAUGUCAUGGAUCAAGUUAUAGGUUUAAAGUUUAAGAAUCAUUCAUCACUCCAUAAAGACAGCAAGACUGAAAAAUAUCCAAUAAAAACAAAAACAAAGCCUC